ACGAGAUAUUGCAGAUACAAAAGAGAAACCGGAAAUAAAAACAAAAGGGGUGUGGCACCGGGUGUACAGCAUCCACAGUCCGCCGUGUUAAGCCGUAUAACAACCGCCGUCUUAUCUUAUUUUUGUAUGGUGAGACAAAUGUAAAGGGUGCCUCAAGCUUUCCCCUCCGAAAACUGAAAAAUCCGAAAUCAUCUUCACGGCUCCCAAUUUGAUCUUGAAGGAAAUGGCAACAUCUCAUGAGGAGUUGGAGGGUAAUGAAGAUGAAUAUGUAAUGCUCGACUUGGAUGGAAUUUCUGACGUUCCGCCUAAUGCUCCUUACGUUCUCUCUGGCCUGGACACAUUGAACCCAAUUCUAAUCAUUGAUGACAGGAUAAAACUGAUUGGCGAAUAUGAUGAAACUAUAGGGACAUGUAUUGUUUUCAGUGAAAAUGAUGCUCCUCCAGUUGUCCAUGUAGAGACUGGACCAUCAGAAGCAAAUCUUUUUGCGGGUAAAUCCAUAAUAAACCCAAAUCAUGUUCCAAAAAAGGAGGUCAAGCCUGUUUGUCAAGUUCAAAAGAUUCUCAGAUUCAAGUUGUUAAUAGAAACUCAAGCCGACUCAAUAAUCGAACAGGCUGGCAUGAAUACGGUAAUACCGACUGGUCCAAGUAACACAAAGCUUUAAUCUAUGAGCUUCGUAUAUCAACCUUAGAUCUUUGUUUGUUUAGUAGUAGAUAAUUUGAUGUCUGUUUUCACGUUAACUUGUACAAGUUAUAUUUUUGUGUAGCAAGUAAUGCAUGUACUAUUUUUACUCUA